UUGUAUAUUUGGGCGAGAAAGACUACUUUUCAAUGGAAGAGGGAGGCGCAACUAGAAUUAAAGAUGAUAACGUUCAGGAGCCCUGCGCAAAAAAAACAAAACCUCAACGUACACGAAUUUAUAGACGAAAGGUUAAAUGUAAAGAUUGUGGUGCAGAAAUGAAUGCUGAUAAUUUUUUGAAGCACAGUUCAAAUAAACACAAUGGUAUGGCAAAAUCCCAAGAUGUUGUAGAAGCAUCACAAACAACGCUUCAUUUUUCUAAGAUCCUUCCAACUGCCCCUGUUACAUGUGAAAAAAAUAAACAAACAAAACUACAGCAUCAAGAGGGACUUCAUCAAACAACUUCCACCACCGAACAAAACCGAAAACCUGCCAUGUUUGUUUUGAAAAAAGACUACUAA